CUCGCCAUGGGGUUGGAGGCGAGGGGUGUCGACAAUGACACCCGCGGAUGGAUUCUAAGCUGCGUGAGCGGCGUAGCCUGCGUCUUUGGCGCGUCCAUCAUCUGCCUCUUCUCCUCGUUGUUCAGCAUGCUCCCCGAGUCCAAGGAAUACUUUAAGCAAGAGGGUUGGACCGACCAGGCUGCUGGUCUUGUCAUGAUGGGCUUCUUUGCCAUAGGCUUCGUUGGUAUCCAAGUUGUCUCGCGACUCGUCCACCAAUUCAUGCCUUCCCACGUCGUCGACUGCGACCAUAGCCACGACGAUACUGCCUCUCACGAUGGUCAUUCUCACCACGCACACUCGGAUCGAGCUCGCUCGCGAUCUAAUCGCGGUCGUCGCAUGCUGUCUCGAGCCCCUGACAAUAAAAUUUCUGAUAUUGCCGAGACAAGUAGUGAUGAUCAGCACCUCACCAGCGAAUCUACUCCUCUACUCAGCUCAGAGAGCCAGAAUGCUCAUACGACACUGACUCGUCAAGCUUCUGCGAGAGACGAAAUGAUCCAGCGGCCCAGCAGUUCCUUGAUGCUGACCCGCAGCCGGACCACUACCACUGGUGGUUCUACAACCGCGAGCAGACGGCCCUCCAUUUUGGAGGUCCAGAAGCGGGUCAUGUCCUUUGUCAAGGACACAAAAGCCAACUGUGAUGAAUCUGGACCUUGUUACGGAUACACUGAUCCCUGUGGCCAAGAAUGCUUCAAACAUCUAAGCAGUCGUGCGGCUAGUAAUGCACGCCCGCUGCCGGCUCUCCGCACAGCUACUGGGCAUUUCCAACCUCACCACUCCUUUCAUGCUACUCACGAUCACGACCACGAUCACACCCAUACAGAUACCAGCGACGCACCUAUCAGUCCCAGCCGUGUGGUCUCUCGCGACUCCUUGACCCUGACGGAUGAGGAGAUCGAUGAGAAUGGCUUUCCCUGCGACCAGAUGGAUGAAGGCGACAUGGAAGCCCAACACCAUCACCACGUUCCUGCCAAUGCCUUCCUCUCUAUAGGACUGCAAACAUCCAUUGCCAUUGCUCUGCAUAAGUUCCCUGAAGGCUUCAUCACUUACGCAACAAACCAUGCCAACCCUACCUUGGGAUUCAACGUCUUCAUGGCUCUAUUCGUCCACAACAUCUCUGAAGGCUUUGCCAUGGCCUUGCCUCUCUACAUGGCUCUCAACUCCCGCUUGAAAGCCAUGGUCUGGUCGGCUUUGUUGGGUGGCCUGUCCCAGCCCCUCGGAGCGGGCAUUGCGGCCCUGUGGUUCAAACUUGCCAAGAAGACACACAUGACGCCGAAUGCUGUGGUGUAUGGAUGCCUUUUCGCCUUGACUUCUGGCAUCAUGGUUAGUGUUGGCCUGCAGCUCUUUGUGGAGAGCCUUAGCCUCAACCAUGAUCGCAACAUGUGCAUGUUCUUUGCUUUCCUUGGCAUGUCUCUGUUGGGUUUGAGCAACGCCCUUUUCGCAGACCACUAGCAGUAAUACGAGUGCACGUGUGUUUUCCGAUAAAUUGCAUGAUGCAGCUGAGUGCAUGUAUCAAUCACAGGGCUGAAAUGACUACAUUUCUUCUAUUGUUAAUAUCAUACGGGCUGUUCGUUUUCUUUUGUUUUGUCCACAAGGCAUUGGGUUUUUAUUCUUGGCUGCACUAGACUAUGGAUCAGGGAGUCAAUGGGGAAACGUUUAUGCGAUAUUCUUAUUUUUCUUACUCCUUUCUUCCUCUUUUCUGUCUUCAUCUCUGUUUCUCAGCGCAACUCUCACAGCAGCGGCCGAACGGCAUGGGGUAUGGUGUGCCACCAUAUAUAGCUGUUCCAGACAGCGCUAAAUGAGGAAAUGAGGAGCGACACAAAAUUCAUUGUUUUGCAUUGACUGGUUACUGCUUGGGAUAUGGGACGGUUUUGGUAGAUGAGUUAAAAAUACCAGUUGGUAAUAAAGUAUCUUGUUUCUUUGUA